AUGGACAGUGUGGCUCUCAGCGUAAGUUCUUUCGUGCACCGCGCGGAAGCCCUCAAUGUCCCACUCCUUCGUAGCAAAACUGUGGUACUCGCCGUUGCCAUGGGAAUUCCAGUCGCGGUACUACUGCACGACACCUCCAAUUACUGGAUGCCUACAACUUGGCAAAUUCCUAUUGUCUCGUGGUUUUGCCGUAAGUGGCGUCAGAAUCCUGAAGAAAAAAGAGCUCAUUUAACUCUUGCACGCAAUGCCAUUAUAUUCAUUUUUGUAGCCUUGGCGUUGAAUGAAGGUACGUACUAUCAAACCCCAGUGGAUUACGUCGCUGAUCGUGUUACCAGCAGCACCGCUCGUAAAUCCUUAAAUGAACACAUUCGCGGGUCUCGUCAGGCGGCCUUCGCUGCGGCCGGUGAUUUGGUCGGCGAAGAGGGACUCAACGAGGCGAAUGUCCGUCAGCAGCGGGACACUGCACUCCGCCGCCGCUUUGUGCAUGACAGCCGUGCCGAACACUAA